AUGUAUUCGCGAAUAGUAUUUCUCAUCCUCUGUUUGAUAGUCUCAGUGGUUGUGACUUCUUAUGGAAUAGAAGACAAAGCCAGAUAUGAUAAUUACCGGAUCUACCGUUUACAUCUGGCCACAGAGGAUCAAGUUCGGAUAAUGCAGGAGUUAGAUCUCAAGAGCGAUAGCUUCAUUUACUUUGGUAGUGCCCGGUAUCCUAAUCAGAAUCUCACGAUUAUAGCUGCUGCCCACAAAGUACCAGAGAUUGAAGAUUUGUGUGAGAGGUACCACAUUACCCAUGAAGUACUUGUGUACAAUCUUCAAGAGAAGAUAGACGAUCAGUGGAACAGUGUUCUACCAAAGGAAACUCCUGGGAAUCAAUUAGACUGGGAGCAUUAUUUCCAUCUGGAAACUAUCUACGAUUGGUUGGAUCUUAUGUUGAUGAACCACGAAGAUCUGACUCCAGUUGUAUUGGGGACAAGCUAUGAAGGAAGACCCAUUAGGGGAGUCCAACUUUCCCAGAAGACUGGAAAUACUGCGGUGUUUGUUGAAGCUGGAAUCCAUGCCAGGGAAUGGAUUACUCCGGCCACCAGUACUUACCUUCUAAACGAACUUCUUACUUCUAAAGAUACCAGAGUCCAGGAGCUCGCUCAGAACUACGACUGGUUCUUCUUCCCAGUCGUCAAUCCUGAUGGAUAUGUCUACACAUUCGAGAAGGAUCGUCUUUGGAGGAAGAACCGCAAGCCAUAUGGACUCUGCAGAGGUGUAGACCUCAACAGAAAUUUCAAUUCAUCCUGGAACGGUCCAGGUUCUAGCCCUGAUCCUUGUCGAUCCAAAUUUGCCGGAAGCUCUGCCAAUAGUGAACCAGAAGUCGAAGCCAUUUCUAAAUGGCUCAAGGAACAUGUGAAAGAAGCUAGUAUCAAGACUUACUUGAGUCUUCAUUCAUACUCUCAACUUCUGAUGUUUCCUUAUGGAAGCACAGAGACUAAAGUUGAUAACUACGAUGAUCUUAAAGAAAUCGGAGAGAAGGCCAUUGAUGCUUUGGCUAAGGUUCAUGGAACUAAGUAUUAUACAGGGAGCAGUAUUGAUACGAUUUAUCCAUCAAGCGGUGGGAGCAAUGAUUGGGUUUAUGAGGAACUAGGCAUCAAAAUUCCCUACAUUUUUGAACUUAGGGGACCUCCAGAUAGCGCGGACAUGUUCAUGUUACCAGCUGAUCAAAUUACUCCCGUUGGCGAAGAGACUCUUGAGGCCUUCAUCACUAUCAUGGAGGUAUCCCAGGCGAAAGGAUAUUACAAUGAAGGCCCUUAAGUGUUAAUUGGUUUUCGGUUAUAUUUUUAAAUUGGAUUUUAUUAAUUGAUU